UUAAACCAACGAGAGACGGAAACGUAAUCAUAUGGGCGUGUCUAAGCGACGAUCACAGAAAUAUAUAAAUAGAAGCCCAACCGUCAUAUUUUCAAACACGAGAUACUACGCGUGGAAGAUUGUGACGCAGAGAGGUUUGAAGACUGAGAAACAAUGGCUCGUACCAAGCAGACCGCGCGUAAAUCAACUGGAGGAAAGGCGCCAAGAAAACAGCUGGCGACUAAAGCCGCCAGGAAGAGCGCGCCCUCUACUGGAGGAGUCAAGAAGCCGCACAGAUACAGGCCUGGAACUGUUGCUCUGAGAGAGAUUCGCCGUUAUCAGAAGUCAACGGAGUUGCUCAUCCGCAAGUUGCCGUUUCAGCGUCUGGUUCGGGAGAUCGCACAGGACUUCAAAACUGACCUGAGGUUCCAGAGCGCAGCCAUUGGUGCACUCCAGGAAGCAAGUGAAGCCUACCUUGUCGGUCUGUUUGAGGACACUAACUUGUGCGCCAUUCAUGCCAAGAGAGUCACAAUCAUGCCUAAGGAUAUCCAGCUUGCGAGGCGAAUCAGAGGAGAGAGGGCCUAAUUUUUAUCCUUUUUAUUAUUAUUUUUUUUCCUCUUAACUUUUAAUGAGAAACACUCGAAGUAAAAGCUAUGGAUUUGUACAUUGGAGUCAUUUUUGUAAAGCAUUCCUUACAGACUCAGGUUUUUAAAGUGAGUGUGUCUAGAUUAACCAUCGUUGAGCUCAUUGUAGGUCAGCUUUAGUUGCAUGCUUUAAAGUAUUUAUCACUUCUUUUACACUGAUCAUUGGGUUGUAAAUAAAAUUACUCUACCUCAAAA